AUCACGUGCAUAAUGCAUGUAUGUAAAAUUUUAUUUUUUUUUUUUGAAUGGCAUAUAUGUAAAACUAAGUAAUCUUCUUCUUCUUCUUCUCUUUUCUCUUCUCUUCUGAACUCCAUGAUUCCUCUGAAAGUUCAACCGCACCACCUGUCUUUCUUCCUUUCCCAAAAUAUCCCUCUCCCUUCCUUUAUCUAUUCAGUCUCCCACAGACCCAGCAGGUGUCAUUUCAAACCCAAUCGUCACUGCUUUUCACAUUCACCCUCUCCUAUCCCAAUCCCUCGCUCCUCCAACCUCACCUUCAACCCCCCGAGGGUCCUCAAAAUUGAACCAUUGUUUUUCCAAAAUGAUGAUGAUAAAGACAAACCUUCGCCUCAGGUUGACGAUUUGUCUUCAAGGGGAGUGGUGUAUCAGAAAACUUUGGCAUUGGUGGAGUGUUCCAUGUUUGCUGCUCUCACCGGCUUAGUCUAUUUUUUGAGUAAUUCUUUAGCGAUUGAGAAUUAUUUUGGAUGCUUCUUCUCACUUCCAAUAGUGAUUUCAUCAAUGAGAUGGGGAAUUCCAGCUGGAAGAAAGACUAUGGUGGCAACAACUAUGCUAUUACUUGUGUUGUCCGGUCCUGUAAAAGCAUUAACCUACCUGCUUAAGCAUGGUCUAGUUGGUUUGACAAUGGGUGCUUUGUGGAGGUCAGGAUCAGAUUGGAAGCUCUCAAUUUUUCUAUGCACAAUUGUCCGCGCUCUUGGUGCUGUCGGAUAUGUUUUGAUUACUUCGUUUAUAAUCAGGGAAAACAUAUUGGCUUUGAUCACAAUAAAUAUACAUGCUUCUCUUACAUUCUUGAUCACUGCAGCAGGAGUUUAUACAGUUCCGUCAAUGAAUACAAUUUACAUUAUCUUCGGGGUUCUGGUUUUUCUAAAUAGUGGAUCAUUUGUGUUCCUGCUGCACCUGUUGUAUUCUGUUUUCCUAACCAGGCUUGGAUUAAGGGCCUCAUUAAGAAUGCCAAAAUGGCUGGAGAAAGCAAUAUAAUUUAGUAAAGCAUUUGUAAAGAUGAGUUAAUUAUUUGUUGGGGCGGCUAAAUUAGUGGUAUUCAGUUCAUUCAUCACAUUUUUACUAUCAGCUACCCUUUCAAGAAAAUAUGAUUCCUGUAAUUGUUAAAAGAAGUGCCAAUAUCAUAGCUGUUAUGGGACUCAUAAUAAUGUAGUAGUGAUAUUUGGAAUGCGGCUGCAUUGGUAGUAAAGGGAGGAAAUAGAAUUAGACCAGAGUAAUUUAUUUAAAAUAUAAAAUAAUAAGGAAUAUUUGAAAUGAAAAUACUUAAUAAAUUAUUAUAUUUGUAACA